CUGUUACCGUUAGCACGAACCAGUGGCGCCUGGAGGUGCAAGACGAGUAGAAGAUGGCAUCACUGGCUUCAUCAUCAUCAUCGUCAUUAAGUUUUGGUGUGUCUAAUGGGAUUGGCCGAAGAAGAGUAAGAGUAAGAGCAAGAGCAAGAAGAAAGACGAUUUCUCUGCGAGUUAGUGGGUCUAGUCGGGUUGACGCCUCUGCUCUCCUCCAAGCAGCCCACCACACUGUGGAUACGUACAUUAAAAGUGGCAUGGUUAUCGGGUUGGGGUCUGGUUAUGCUUCUGGAAUGGCCAUUCAAUAUCUGGGUCGGCAAAUUCGGGGCGGUGCUUUAAAAGAUAUAGUUGGGGUGCCCAUGUCUAUUGCUAGUGCAAAUGAAGCAGCAAAGGCAGGAAUUCCAUUGGAUCAGUAUCAAGCUUGUUCUCAAAUUGAUUUUGCAUUUGAUGAUGCUGAUAUUAUAGAAGAAGGAACACUUGUUGCUGUCAUUGGACAACAGAGAUUGCAAGGUGAAGAUUCAAUACUCCAAGAGAAGUCUAUACUAAAUGCAGCAAACACACUUGCAUUCAUGGUCAAGGAAAGCCAGUACAAAGGUGGUCUAGAUGGGUCGGUCCCAGUUUUAGUUCAAUCUCUCAACUGGAUGGAAACUGCUGAAGAGAUUGAUGACCUGUUUUUAGGUGAUGCAGAGGUAUGGAGGAGACCAUCCAUAGGGCAUGCAGGUCCACUAGGGGGUGAUUUCCCUUUGGUCACUAGAGAAGGCCAUAAUGUUCUUGAUGUCAUAUUUACAUCUCCAAUUCUAAGCUUUGCUAAAGUAGCUGAAAGCCUUGAUAAAGUUGAUGGGGUGGUGGACCAUGGCAUCAUAUGCAAGUUCCCAUGCACAGCAGUGAUUGCUUCACCAGAUGGGCUGUGCAUUGUUGAUAAUCUGCCAACGAAUGCAGCAGAGGUACUUUGAAUCUUUGAUUGUGAGAAUCUAUAAAAAUUGGAGUAAUGUCGUUCUCAUGGUUGAAAAAGAAAAUUACAAAGGAAAUAGCUAGAAAAAAAGAGGCUUCUAGUUACAAACUCCAACUUUUGACUGAUAGUCAACCCUCAAGUUAAGUUUUCAUUUGAUGCCUUGAAAAAUCCUGUAAUUUGGUCAAGAAUUCAAGUUGCGAAAUGUUAAUUACCUUAUUCCUUUCAGUUUUCACUCCCUCGUUUUGUAGCUUAAAUAAGUUAACUUUUUACCAUUUUUAUUCCUUAAGUUGAAGACAAAUGCAUUACCCUUCUCAAUCAUUA